GCGGGAAAGUGCCGCGAGUGUCCGCAACUGGGGUGGGAAGUCGAGAAGUUAGGGCAGCGAUAGUGGAGGCGUGGUUGGCAGAGGCGGGGAGAGGAGACGUGCAGACUCGGCCCUCAGGGCCCUCCAGCCAAAGUACAAGCUCCAGAGCGUCCAAGGCCAUGUUCUCCGUAGGAACGAUCCCAGGCGGGACGCCGCAGAGCCCGGAGCCGGGGGCAGCUUCGGCCAGUUUUCCCAGCCUGGCCCCAGUGUCGGGCGGUGGGGAGGCUGAGGAGGAGGAGGACAACGAGCAAGAACCGGCGGAGAUCUAUCUGUGUGCGCUGUGGACUUCAGGAUACUUGGGCAUCGCCUACUAUGACACUAGUGACUCUACCAUCCACUUCAUGCCAGAUGCCCCAGACCAUGAGAGUCUCAAGCUUCUCCAGAGAGUGUUGGAUGAAAUCAAUCCCCGGUCUGUUGUUACGAGUGCCAAACAGGAUGAGAAUAUGACUCGGUUUCUAGGGAAGCUUGCCUCCCAGGAACACAGAGAGCCUAAGAGACCUGAAAUUGUAUUUUUGCCAAGUGUGGAUUUUGGUCUGGAGAUAAGCAAACAGCGCCUUCUUGCUGGAAACUACUCCUUCAUCCCAGACUCCAUGACCACCACUGAGAAAAUCCUCUUCCUCUCCUCUAUUAUUCCCUUUGACUGCCUCCUCACGGUUCGAGCACUUGGGGGGCUGCUCAAGUUCCUGGGUCGAAGAAGAAUUGGGGUUGAACUGGAAGAUUAUAACGUCAGCGUCCCCAUCCUGGGCUUUAAGAAAUUUGUGUUGACCCAUCUGGUGAGCAUAGAUCAAGACACUUACAGUGUUCUGCAGAUAUUUAAGAGUGAGUCUCACCCUUCAGUGUACAAAGUGGCCAGUGGACUGAAGGAGGGGCUCAGCCUGUUUGGAAUCCUCAAUAGAUGCCACUGUAAGUGGGGACAGAAGCUGCUCAGGCUAUGGUUCACACGUCCGACUCACGACCUGGGAGAGCUAAAUUCUCGGUUGGAUGUCAUUCAGUUUUUCCUACUACCCCAGAAUCUGGACAUGGCUCAAAUGCUGCAUCGGUUGCUGGGUCAUAUCAAGAAUGUGCCUCUGAUUUUGAAACGCAUGAAGCUGUCCCACACCAAGGUCAGCGACUGGCAAGUUCUGUACAAGACUGUGUAUAGUGCCCUGGGCCUGAGGGAUGCCUGCCGCUCCCUGCCCCAGUCCAUCCAGCUCUUUCAGGACAUUGCCCAAGAGUUCUCUGAUGACCUGCACCAUAUUGCCAGCCUCAUUGGGAAAGUGGUGGAUUUUGAGGGCAGUCUUGCUGAAAAUCGUUUCACAGUCCUCCCCAACAUAGAUCCUGAAAUUGAUGAGAAAAAACGAAGGCUGAUGGGACUUCCCAGUUUCCUCACUGAGGUUGCCCGAAAGGAGCUAGAGAAUCUGGACUCCCGUAUUCCUUCAUGCAGUGUCAUCUACAUCCCUCUGAUUGGCUUUCUUCUUUGUAUUCCCCGCCUGCCUUUUAUGGUAGAGGCUAGUGACUUUGAGAUUGAAGGACUGGACUUCAUGUUUCUGUCAGAGGAGAAGCUGCACUAUCGUAGUGCUCGAACCAAGGAGCUGGAUGCAUUGCUGGGGGACCUGCACUGUGAUAUCCGGGACCAGGAGACCCUGUUGAUGUACCAGCUGCAGUGUCAGGUGCUGGCGCGGGCAGCUGUCUUGACCCGUGUGUUGGACCUUGCCUCCCGCCUGGACGUCCUGCUGGCUCUUGCCAGUGCUGCCCGGGACUAUGGCUACUCAAGGCCCCGUUACUCCCCCCAACUCCUUGGGGUCCGAAUCCUGAAUGGCAGACAUCCUCUGAUGGAACUCUGUGCCCGAACCUUCGUGCCCAACUCUGCAGAGUGUGGCGGGGACAAAGGGAGGAUCAAAGUCAUCACUGGACCCAACUCCUCAGGGAAGAGCAUAUACCUCAAACAGGUAGGCUUGAUCACAUUCAUGGCCCUGGUGGGCAGCUUUGUGCCAGCAGAGGAAGCCGAAAUUGGGGCAGUAGAUGCCAUCUUCACCCGGAUUCAUAGCUGCGAAUCCAUCUCCUUGGGCCUCUCCACCUUCAUGAUCGACCUUAACCAGGUGGCGAAAGCAGUGAACAAUGCCACCAAGCAGUCUCUGGUCCUCAUUGAUGAAUUUGGAAAGGGAACCAACACGGUGGAUGGGCUUGCGCUUCUAGCUGCUGUGCUACGACACUGGCUGGCACUUGGACCCAUGUGCCCUCACAUCUUUGUGGCCACCAACUUUCUGAGCCUUGUUCAGCUACAGCUGCUGCCACAGGGGCCCCUUGUGCAGUAUUUGACCAUGGAGACCUGUGAGGAUGGGGACGACCUAGUCUUCUUCUAUCAGGUUUGUGAAGGUAUUGCCAAUGCCAGCCAUGCGUCCUACACAGCUGCCCAGGCUGGGCUUCCCGGCAAUCUCAUUGCCCGUGGCAAGGAGGUCUCAGAUUUGAUCCGCAGUGGGAAACCCAUCAAGCCUGUCAAGGAGUUGCUAAAAGAGAAGCAAAUGGAAAAUUGCCAGACGUUGGUAGAUAAAUUUCUGAAACUGGAUUUGGAAGAUCCCAACUUGGACCUGGACAUUUUCAUGAGUCAGGAAGUGCUGCCGGCUGCCACUGGCAUCCUUUGAGAGUCCUUCCUUGGCUUUCCUCCACUUCCCAAGACCCCAGCGAGCUGCCAUGCCCUGUCUCUUUCCUGGUCUCCCUCAGGCCCAAAAUUCUCAAUUUUCCUGGAAAUUCUGUUUCACGUUAGGAAUAAAGUUUA